AUGGACGGGGACGAGCUCAUCGCCUCGGUCUACCGCAAGAUCGAGCGGGAGAGAGCCCUCAUCGCCGCCGCAACGAAUAUGCGACAGUCCACCGAUAACCCUCUGGUACAACAAAGGAUUAACGCCAACAUCCAAGAAGGAAAUAAGAACAUCAUCUAUCUGGAGGAGAAGAUGAAGGAGCUGCAGCUGCGUCAGAUGGAGCGAGAGUCCGGUUCACCUACCGAUAAACGCCUACCACCGAACCCUGUUGAUGGUCCCGCCCCUCCGCCGAAAGAUCCCUACGGUGAUUCUGCACAGUAUCCGCAGCCUGGCGGCGGAUCUAUGCCGUCAAGCGCUCCUUUCAAGGAUCCCCGACCUUUUGCGCCUGUGCCCAAAGCCCGCCCGAAUUAUACAAAACUCGACCUGAUUAAAUAUGAUACCCAAUACCUUGGACCCAAGAUCCAGCUCAUGUUAUCACAGCUUGAGUUCAAGCUGAGUGUCGAGAAACAAUAUAAAGCGGGCAUUGAGAAGAUGGUUCGGCUGUACCAAGACGAAGGCGAUAGGAAGAGUCGCACGGAUGCUGAGGGCCGACGGAUUGAGAGUAAUCAGAAGAUACAGCUUCUCAAGCAGGCCCUCAAACGAUAUGAAGACCUUCAUGUUGAUAUUGAGUCGGCAGACACUGCGGACGAUGAAAGUUUAAGCGCCCCGAAUCUGCGCAAGCCGCUAACCGGUCUUCUGACGAUGCGGAUUCAUGCCGUUCAGGACGUCGACCAUGCGACUAGCUCAAGAUUUUCCAGAGGCCCUGAAACAUUCGUUAUUGUGAAGGUCGAAGAUACUAUCAAGGCUAGAACAAAGGCGACCAGAUCCGACAGGUGGCAGGAUGAGACAUUCAAUCUCGACAUCGAUAAAGCGAACGAGGUUGAGCUCACCGUAUACGACAAGGCUGGCGACAGGCCCACCCCGAUUGGUAUGCUGUGGUUGCGCAUUACUGAUAUCGCGGAAGAGAUGCGUCGAAAGAAGAUUGAAACUGAAAUCAAUGCUUCGGGAUGGGUGUCGGCGGAUAAGAUGGGCCCCGGCGGCGGCCCUGGAAGGUCGGAUCCUGCUGGCCCGGCCGGUUCGGCACAACAUGGUGCCUCUGCAAGCUACGGCAACCCUGGAGCAGAAGGCCAAAUGGGCGGCGCUGGUGCUCCGUUGAUGGUUGAGGCAUGGUUUGCCUUGGAGCCGGUGGGCAAGAUCUACAUAUCGAUGAGCUUUGCCAAGCAGUUAAAAGACCGACGACCAUUCGACAUUGGUCUCAACCGUCAAGGUGCCGUCCGACAAAGGAAAGAGGAAGUCCACGAGAAGCAAGGUCACAAGUUCGUCACGCAGCAAUUUUACAACAUCAUGCGUUGCGCUCUUUGCGGCGACUUCUUGAAGUAUGCUGCCGGCAUGCAAUGUGCCGACUGCAAGUAUACCUGCCACAAAAAAUGCUACCCCAAAGUGGUCACGAAGUGUAUUAGCAAGGCGAACUAUGAGACGGAUCCCGACGAAGAGAAGAUCAAUCACCGCAUCCCGCAUCGUUUCGAAGGGUUCUCCAACAUCUCCGCCAACUGGUGUUGUCAUUGCGGAUACUUACUGCCUUUCGGGCGUAAGAAUGCUAAGCGCUGUUCAGAGUGCGGUCUUACUUGCCACGCGCAUUGUACGCAUCUCGUGCCCGACUUCUGUGGUAUGUCCAUGGAAGCAGCGAACCAGAUUCUAGAGACUCUUAUCCGCCAUAAAAACCACAACAAGUCUCCAUCCGUCAGCUCUGGACUCAGCGGGAAGACGCUUCGACCUGGCGGCUCCCAAGAUACAGGCCAUGCAUACCCAAAGCCUGUGGAAGGCCCAUCCUCCUAUGGGCAACGGCCGCCGUCUGCUGAAGCAGUGAGUGCCGCGGCGACAUCUUAUAUUCCACCGCAAUCGCCUACUUCUCAGAGACAGCCAUUGCCCCCGCGAACUUCUUCAUCAAGUCCUGCCGCUGCCGCUGCCGCCGUGGCAACAGGACAGCGUAUACCUGAUGCCGGCCGGCCUGUUCAACCUCCCGCUCAUGCGCAUUACGACCCGGCCGCAUACGCAUCUUACCAGCAACAAGGCGCUAUGCAGCAAGGAUACCCGCCUGCUCAGGCAAUGCAGAAGGUUAAUGCGCCAUCACCUUAUGGCAUGCACCCGCCUCAGCCGCCGCAGCAGCAACAGCAAGCGAUGCAGGCUAUGCAGCAGCAAAUUCCUGUGAAGGAGGAACCUCAGCAAUCGAAGGUCAGGAUUGGUCUGGACCACUUCAACUUCCUUGCCGUUUUAGGAAAGGGUAACUUCGGAAAGGUCAUGUUGGCGGAGACAAAAUCCACCAAGAAGUUGUAUGCCAUCAAGGUGUUGAAGAAGGAGUUCAUCAUCGAGAAUGAUGAAGUCGAAAGCACGAAAUCUGAGAAGCGAGUUUUCCUUGUCGCUAACAAGGAGCGCCACCCCUUCCUUCUCAACCUGCACGCUUGUUUCCAGACAGAGACUCGCGUUUACUUCGUUAUGGAGUAUAUCAGUGGUGGUGAUCUGAUGCUGCACAUCCAGCGGGGCCAGUUCGGCCUCAAGAGAGCACAGUUCUAUGCAGCAGAGGUGCUGCUCGCUUUGAAAUACUUCCACGAGAACGGUGUUAUCUACCGUGAUCUGAAGCUCGACAACAUCCUGCUGACUCUAGAUGGUCAUAUCAAGAUUGGUGAUUAUGGUCUUUGCAAGGAGAAUAUGUGGUAUGGAUCCACCACAAGCACAUUCUGUGGUACUCCAGAAUUCAUGGCACCUGAAAUUCUCCUUGACAAGAAAUAUGGCCGAGCUGUUGAUUGGUGGGCUUUUGGUGUUCUCAUCUACCAGAUGCUUCUGCAACAGUCGCCUUUCCGUGGUGAAGAUGAAGACGAAAUUUACGAUGCCAUUCUCGCAGACGAGCCUCUCUACCCCAUACACAUGCCCCGGGACUCAGUAUCUAUCCUGCAGAAGCUGUUGACUCGGGAGCCAGAACUGAGACUCGGGUCCGGUCCCACAGAUGCCCAAGAGGUCAUGUCUCACGCCUUUUUCCGCAACAUCAACUGGGAUGACAUCUACCACAAGCGAGUCCCGCCACCAUUCAUGCCGACCAUCAGCAGCGCAACGGAUACUAGCAACUUCGACCAGGAGUUUACCAGCGUCACUCCUGUGCUUACUCCAGUGCAAUCAGUUCUUUCCCAAGCCAUGCAGGAAGAGUUCCGUGGUUUCUCGUACACCGCGGAUUUUGCUUAG